ACGUCGGCGCAGCAAUGGAUUUCCUCACGAGUGUGGCCAACAUUUUCGAUGGCGAUUUUCGGCCAACAUCCGUCGGCAGGCACAAGGAGUACGACCCGCAGGAUCGAUUUAUGCUUUCGGAAUACAUUGCCGAAAUUGGAAUGUGGCUGGAUGAGAAGUUGAAUGACCAUGCGUUCGAUACCCGGCAGGCCACGAACGAACCGAUCGAAGGGCGGCUAGGACCACGGCGAACAAUAUUUGAUGUUCCGGAUGAUGGUUCUAUAUUGAUUUCCAAGGAUAAACUAACGCUCCAGUCUUCGAAUCCUUUCCCUACGGUGAAAGCCAACUGCUGCGUCUACAGUGGCCGGUGGAUGUAUGAGGUUCAGUUGCGGUCCAAGGGUGUGAUGCAGAUUGGCUGGUGCUCGGCACACUGCAAAUUUACGCAGGAUACGGGUGUCGGCGAUACGCGGUACAGCUAUGGGUUGGAUGGAAGCAAGCAAAGGAUCUGGCACGUGUACACCAAAAAGUAUGGUCCAUUCUGGCGCUCCGGGGACAUCUUUGGUGUGUGCGUGGAUAUGGAUGGCGGUCAGAUCGAGUACUACCGCAACGGAGCGCCACUCGGUGAAGCAUUCAAGGAUAUUGAACGCGGUCCCGGCCUUGCCCUGUUUCCGGCCGUCUCGUUGGCGCUCGGCGACAGUCUUACGGCCAACUUUGGUGGUUCACCUUUCCGUCAUCCGGUCGAACGCUACAAACCGCUGCAAGAGCCACCGGAAAUUGAACUCUACCAAGCGGACUGCUUGCUCAAGUAUCUCGUAAACCUCUCCGGAACCAUCUCCCUACACUCGCGCCACACUGACCGUGGAACGGCAGAAAGUGCCCCGAACGGUGUCUCGCCGGAUGCCGUGUACAUGUUACUCGCGGCCACUCUCAUCGAACGGAUUGCCCCACUGCUCGGUAACUCGUACGUCGUGGAGGACAAAGUGUUCAGCUACAUCCGCGGGCUCUGUGUGAUUCGAAGUAAUGCUGGUGGCCGUAAUGAAGCACCGACACAACCGGGGGCACCGGAGAGUACACUCGGUACCUUUCUCAACCUUCUCUGGACCUACCUCGAACCGGAAGAGAUGAAAUUGUUUUUGAAGAAAUUGCUCAACUUCCUCGCCAAUACGUACAAGGAAACGCCGGUCGAUCUGGAGUACGAGAAGCAGCGCAAAACGAUCGUUAUCCUGACGUGCAUCUGCAACCAUCCGACCACCCGCAAGUAUCUGCUCGAGUGCAAGUUCUUCAAGAAAAACUGCCUGCCGUUGUUUCUCUACACGAAACCCCCGGACGAAUCGACGCUCGAGCAGCUCCUACCCGACGACCACAUCUGGACGGCGGGCCUGGGUGGACCACGGGAAACGUAUCUGGCCGCUUGCGGAAAGCUAAGGUCCCAUACGUCCGUACUCUAUACGCUACAGAAAAAUCUGAUCCACGUGCUGAUGAACAAUGAGGAUGGUGAUGUGGAAACGGGUGCACCCAGCAGUAGACGGCUGUUUAUAGCGAAAGUUCGCCGAUUUGUAAUGGAUAAUAAUGUGGAAUUGAGGGGUAUACACUCUUCUGCAACUCAACCAGCGAUUGGACUAUCAUUUCUCUGUACUCUGCUAGAUGUUGCCAAGACACUCUGGGAAGAAGAGUGCCGUGACCAGCACGGAAAGGACACCAGUAGCCCCAACAUUCCCACCAUCGACUAUCGUUUCUUUUACGAUGGUUCUUUCAAGUAUGCGAAUCUUGACCGCAUCGGCGGUGUUCUGACCUACCUCAGGAAGCAUUUCCGCGCACAACUGGUAGAGCGACUUGGUGCGGAUCACCCCAGUAUCGCCUCCAGCGAUCAGUCGAGCGAUCUUCGGAAUGAAAUUGCUGCCUUCAAUGUGUUCCUCGAUUCGGCCAUGUUUCUCGUGUCCGGUGGUCCAACCAUGACCUACUCGUUGGUAUCCCGAGCCGCCAACAGCGUACCAGAUCGGCGCCAUCAGCCGCAGCAACAGCCAAGCGCUGGCCCUAAGGGAACGUCUGGACCCGGAGGAUCCAUUGGAUCUGGCCCGAUAGAGCCGUACCGAACCGUGUGCGAGCUUCUGGAUUGCUGCGUCGUCUUCUACAAUGCCGUGGCGCACAAGUACGUCGUCAUGAUUGCCGAUCUGCGGGACAACAUUACACACCUGUCGGAUAUCCUGCUCGAAACGAAAAGCAACUGCGAUGAGGUAAUGCACAAUCUGGAGGAACUGAAGCGUUGUUCAGCUGGCGCAGGUAUCGCUGGAGCCGCUAGUCAGCAGUCGCACGAAGAGCUACUGCAUGAGCUGGAUGCUCGCUUUGGUCAGAGGAAGAGUAUUUUUGCGAAACGUUCGAUGGAAUUGGCCCGCAAACAGGCAUGGUAUCGAUCGGUGGCGUUGGGUUCACAUCGUCGUUCGCUGCUUUCCUGGCUGCUGAGUAUCAUCUUCGAAACGCUACACCAAUACAGCGCGGAAGAGAUCCUGUUCGCAUUCCUUCCUGAAACCUACAUCAACGUAACGCCCAUUCUGCUCGAUACGGUGCUGGAUUUUAGCUUUCACGACACUGCCAUCCAGCACGAUCUCACUGCCGACAUGUCGCUAAUCCAGAGUGCGGCCAACUUCCUUGCACGGCACCUGGCCGAUGGUCGCGUUAUAUUGGCAUCAUGUAAGGACGCUCUUAUCCAAGCUCUGGGUUCCCUAACCUGCCACGAGGCAGGCAUCCGAGCACUGGAAAAUGCAUCACACGACAACCAGCAGGCCCUGGUGAAGGCAUUGCUGCGACCGUACGAAAACCGUGCCUGGGGCCAAAGCAACUGGCUACUAUUGCGCUUUUGGCUCGGAGAUGGCUUUGCGUUUCGCGAAUCACGUCCACCAUGCGUGUGGCAAGCUGGGACGGCCGAUCCGACAGCCUUACGAUCACUCGGCCUAUACCGUAGCCGAUCGAAGAGUGGGUCACACACCGGACUGCUGCAUCUGGUAGCACCGGCUUGUCCUUCGAAACACUUCCAACAGCUGAUCUGUGAUACGCUUAGCCGAGACGAACCAUACUGCACAGCAUUCCUCAAUUCGGUGCUAUCGCAACUCAACUGGGCUUUCUCUGAGUUUAUCCACAUCCUGCAGGACAUACAAAACCUCUCGCAAAGGGAAACACAGCUCGUGAUCGACACGAAGCAACUAAAAAUCUGUUCGAUGUGUUUCGAACUGACCAUAUCGUUGAUGCGUGCCCUCGAGAUGAUCGUCACGAUCACGCCGUGUCUGCUGGAGGAUAUAUCCCGUGCCAAUGGAGAGAUAAUUCUGAAUCGUAUCUGCCAGCUGGCCGUUCAGGUACUAUCACGGGUAACCGUACCACCCGGUUGCUUUCAGCACGUGAUGGACCUGUGCUUACCGGAGCUAGGCAACGUGACGCACUUUGCGAUCAUUAGUGCAGCGAUCGGUAUGCUGCUUGCCCUGAUGCGCCAAGAACUCGGCAGCAACAGUACCGAGUGCAUCACGAAGAUACCCCUCAUCUCCAAGUUUCUGCUAACGGACACGAGUUUUCACAUUGCCAGCCUGGAGUAUGCGAUCGGUGAGGUGAAAACCCCGAUCAAUAGCGGCAACAGUGGUGAGGCUGCACCGCGCGGCAACUUUGAUCCGAAGAUGCGGGCACACAUCGAUCCGCUCACGAACGAAGUGCGGGCACCGUCACCGUUCAGCAAACCGGGAACAUCUAGCGGAGUAAAGGAGAUUAUUCCCGAACCUCCCAUCAUCAAGUUCAACAUGGCAGAUUACCCUAGUCACGUGACGGUCGAGGAGGUGGAACGAAUUCUACGGCUUAUUGAAACGCUGCAACUCCGGCAAACGCUGCUUUCCGAGAUUACCGUACUCUCAGAGGAUUCACUAUGUUCGAUUUGUUACGACAAGUCCAACUCGGCCGUCUUCGAACCCUGCCAGCAUCAAUCGUGCGAGACGUGUAUCAUGCAGCAUCUGAUGAACAAUAAACAGUGCUUCUACUGUAAGAUUCUCAUCACUCGCGUAACGCGGCAGGACGGUGAGACGAUCUUCGAAAGCUGUAACACACCUCCACCACCGCCGAUCAAACUGGUCACGAGCGGUGUCACAACGCUGGUGAUCCAUCCACAAGAUACCGAAUCCGAAACCAGUAUAAACGAUGCGAUAGAUGAGUUUGAUGGACCAUCCGGAAGUGUCGUCCAUCAGCAGUGA